AUGAGUGAUAGAACAGAAAUAUUAUUUUGGAAAGUUUUUAAAAAUCAAUUUUUAUUCAAAGAGAUAUUUAAUCAAAUUCACAACAAUGAAUGGAUUGAAUAUGAUGAACCAAAUAAAUAUAAUGUUAACAAUAGAUGUAAAUUUGGAGACACUCACUCUUUACUAAUAAUGAUAAAAAAUGAUCAACUCCCAUUAAUUAAAGAUAAAAUCAAACAUGGUGAUUAUGUACAUUUUAAUUAUGAUUCAAUAAGAUUUCUUUUCUUAAAAUUAUCAACAACAGAACACCUACCACCAUCAAUAAAAAAUAAUAAUAAAAAUAAAUAUAAAGAUGAAGAUUAUUUAGAAAUUAUUGAAUUAUUUAUGAAACAUAGAAGAGGUGAAUUUGAAAUUAAUGAUUUAAUACAUAUAGCAGCUUCUAUAAAUUCCCCAGUUAUCAUUAGAUUAUUAGUUAAUGAACCAUAUUCAGUUAUAAUUUAUCCACAAACAUUUGAAUUUGCAAUUAGAUUUUCAAAUUUAGAAACAAUCAAAGAACUAAUAAAUUUAGAAUCACUUAAUUUUAAAAACUAUGGUAUUAAAUUAAUCAGUGAAGAAUUUAAAAGAAAAUCAUUAUCAUUAGCAGCACAUAGAAAAACUCUUAAAACUACAAUCACUGAAUACAUUUUUAAUAAUCCAUCAUUAUAUUCAAUACCACCACCAUUAUCAUUAAUAAAUAAUCAAAAACAACAAGAUCAACAACAAACACAAUCAAAAAAUAAAAGAUUAAAAAUAUCUGAAACUUUACAUUCAAAUUUAAAUAAUAAAAAUAAUAAUAAUAAUAAUAAUAAUAAUAAUAAUAAUAAUAAUAAUAAUAGUGAUGAUGAUGAUGAUGAUGAUGAUGAUGAUGAUGAUGAUGAUGAUGAUGAUGAUGAUGAUGAUGAUGAUGAUGAUGACGAUGAUGGUGAUGGUGAUGAUGAUAGUGAUAAUUAUACUGAUAGUGAUAAUUAUAAUGAUAAUGAAAAUGGAAAUGAUAAUUAUAAAGAAAAAAUAAGAAAUGGAUAUAUUGAAUCUCAUGAAUUUAUAGAAUUAAAAUCAACCAAUUUAUUAAAAUCAUUUAUGGAAUUAGAUAUAGUAGUUUUAAGUAAAACUAAAACAUAUUUUAAUCAAUUCCUUAAAAUGUAUCAUCCAUAUGAAAGAUUACAAGUUGGUAUUAAAAUGAUUCUAAAGUUUGAUAAUACAAUUCCAGAAAAAAAAAGAGAAGAAAUUUUAGAAGAAAUCAAUAAAAUUGAUAGAAAUAAUGAAAGAGGUUUUAAUAAAUUAAAAGAAUUGAGAAAAUUAGUGGUAAUUGAAUUCCCAAGGCAAAUAAACUUUUGUUACUAUUAUUGGAAAGCUUAUGGCGAGAAUAUUAACAAACCUGGUGAAGUUCCUAAAAAAUUAGGUUCUCCAGAUAGUAAUAUGGAAACUUUCGAAAACCUUCUUUUAGAAAAUGACUUACAUGUCAAUAAUGAAACCAAUACUCAAGAAGGUGAUGAAAAUAUAGAACAAGUAGAAUUAUUAUCAAAUAGUUUAUAUUCAGAUAGUGAAGAUGAAAAUGAAGUUGAAUUUGAAAGAUAUGUUGGACAACAUGAUCCUUUUUUAGAAGAGUAUUUUAAUUACUCAAAUAGAUUAAGAAAAGAACCAUUUUUUGAUAUAUCCAAUAGAUAUCCAGAUUUACUCAAUUCAUAUUUAAAAGCAAUUAAAGAAUGUAAUAUUGAAAAAUUAGAAGAUAUUGAUACAAAUAAUCCAAUGUUUAAAUUGGAUGUUUCAAAAUUUCAUUGUUUUCAAUUACCAAAUGAAAAAGAAGAUAUAUUGAAAAUUUGGGAAUACUUUAAUAAACACUCAUUUAAACAAAUGAUACCAAUUGAUAUUCUUAUUGAAUUCCUUUCAAGUGUAACAAAUAUUAUUCCACCUUUUGAAUUGAAAAUUUCAAAUCUUAAAGAGCCAUUAUUUAAAAAACUUGGAACAUUUCUAUUAUGGCAAUUGUUUAAAAAGAAUUAUAAUAUAUUUGAAUUAUUAUUAAAUAGUUUUGAUGAUUUUAAUUUUAUAUUUCAACCACAAGAACUAUCAGCUAUGAUAGAUCAAGAGAAAGUUUUAUUUGAUGGUGAUGGUGAAUUAUUCCAAAUUGAUAAAGAGUUUGGUUUUCAAAUAAUCAGGAUAAUUAAAUUGGUAAUGGACAAGUUUAAAAAACUCAGUAAAGAUCAAAUCAAUAUUAAAAAUAUGUCAACAACAUAUCGUCUCAUUAUAAAUCAUUUAUAUGAUCAAUUACUUAGAGUUAAAGGUUUAACAAUCGAUCAAUUAGAAUAUGUUAAAUCAAUUAUUCCUGAAAAAUUAUUUUUUAAUUAUUUUAAAGCCUAUCGUAUCUUUUUCUAUCUCAAUAUCAGAUCUCCAAAAUUAACAAAAUACAUAACCAAAAGACCUGGAGUUGCAAAUUUUAUUGAAAAUUCAGAAGUAGAGGAUUACUAUAAUACUAUUGGACCAACUACAA